AUGUCCCCGGCAUAUGUGAUCGACCUCCAUAAUGAUUACAAUCAGCCAGGAGAUCAUAUCGCAGUCUGGACUUUCUCUAAAUCGUGUCUUGAUAGUCCAGUUAGCGAUGAGCAAGAUUUGCUAGGAGUCAAGGUGGACGUUUGGCUUUCCGCUUGUCAAAGAAAUCGUACACUUACUAUCAAGAUUAAGAACGACACCGAUCAUACUUAUGGAGUGGAGGUCUCGUCUCCUUCCUGUCUAAAGCUAGAUGUUUUACAUCUCCAUACCGCUCAUUAUCCCGGAGACCUGAUUCACGGCUCAUCAAUGAUGGAUCAGUCCUCCAUGAUUACCCAUGCUGGAUCACUUGGAAAUGGAAUUAGCGGAACCAGCGGGAGCUAUUACGCGUCUCUUACUUCGCAGUUCCUCAUCGGCAUCUUCAACCAAACCAUCCACGAGGACUUGAAUCUCGAGAACAUUGCGAGAGAAACCAGAGCCUGCAAAAUGGACUUUGGAUUCUGUGCCUCGGUCAGCGGUCCUACGGCUAGCAUCCAUGUCGAUGUUGAUGGGAAACCUACAGCGACGUACAACACCACCCAGUCUGACAUUGUAGCCUGGCAUGCUGCUCAAAAGCGACGGCCGCAAAGUCUCAUCAUGGCUGAAGUAAAUACUGUAGCUGAGAGUUCAUACGGGCUGCAAUCUCUGAUUGACAAGCUACCCGGGCUCGCAAAGCCUAUCGACUGGGAUGCUCCAGCUGAUGGCGGGAAAGCGGCGACAGCUGAAUGGAUUGGCUCUGUUGAGUGGCCAUUUCCCCCCACCUCCCCGAGCACCGUCGCCGCAGUUGCCGCUAUUGCGAGUCAUUUGAUUGCUAGAGGCUACUCCUUGAGCUAUGAAGCUUGCGAGAGCGGUAGUGGCGACGGCUGCAGAACUUUCAUCAUGUUCUCCUUCGGUUCGACUGGCAAAGGAGUCCCCGAGGGAUUCGAUGCCUCCAAAGAUUGGGCGAGCGCUGUGGGGACACUUGAUCAGGAAGGCCCGUUUAGUCUAGUCAACAUGGGCUUGCUCAGACGAAACCCCGAAGUCAUUGAGUCUUGCAUGUCAAAGAGACGUUUGUCUCUAGGGGAGUUCAGAGACGCCCUGAAUGCUGAUGUUGAUGCCAGCACAAUAAUUGAUAACUCGGUGUCUGGCAUCACUGAUCACUGGAUCUUUUGGGGUCGCUUCGACAUCUGCCUGGCUUUGGCAAUUUUGCAUGCAUCUACCUAG